GUAGCCUUUAGUAGCCUAUGCGUGCCGCUGUAUUCAACCGGGCGAGUUGCGAGUUUUGGUAGUUUUGGCAAGUUUAGGUUGGUUAGUGGCUGUUUAGUGCGGUGCACUUCACGCGAAAUCUGAGCUCACAAUAAAACGUCGGACACAAACGUGAUGGAAGAAGGUAGGAUCUUAAAACGGGACAGAAACAAACAGCAUACCUAUGGUCUGCUGCGGUCAGGAACUCAGAGAAGAUAGCGCAGCUGGCGCUGCAGACUCGACGCCACUUCAAAAGUACAUGCAGCUAUGCUCUGACUUGAAAACCAAGCUCAAGGCAAACCAGUCUCAACUGGAAAUUCUGGAGGAACUUCGUCGAGUAACACUAGACAGCAUGACAAAGCAGGCACAGGCACUUCCUUUGGAUUCCCUGGUGCAGUACACACGCGGCCUUGUUAACUUGCUGCAGACCAAGCAUAACCUGACCUUUGAAGGAAAUGCUGAAGAAAUUCUGCAAGAAUUGUCGAAGCGAAUUGAUGGUGCGAAGGUGCCAAAGGUAAAGAGGCCGGGCAUAGGUGUGGCAGUGUUUGUGCUCAGCGAGAAGCACCCCGAGAGCAUCCUGCUUGGUCGCCGCAAGAACACCAUGGGUCAUGGACUUUACCAGGUCCCAGGUGGACACUUGGAGUUUGGAGAAAGCUGGGAGCAGGCGGCGUACCGCGAAGUGCUGGAGGAGACGGGCCUGCACGUGCACAACGUGUCGCUGUGCUCCAUCGUGGACACCAUCGAGCCCGAGCAGGACUACCACUACAUGACGGUCUUCAUGCGCGGCUACGUGGACGAGACACGGGGAUCCGAGCCGCGCAACAUGGAGCCCAACAAGUGCGAAGGCUGGCUGUGGUGGAAAUGGUCUUCGAUUCCGACGCCCGACCUUUUAUUCUGGUGCCUCAGAGACUUCAAAACGAAGAACCUGAAUCCUUUUUAGCGGAAUAAAACAUGUAA